AAUAACUCACCCACCUUACGGCGACAUGGCCAAACGAACCAAGAAGGUGGGGAUCGUCGGUAAAUAUGGGGCCCAUUAUGGUGCCUCCCUUAGGAAAAUGGUGAAGAAGAUUGAAAUCAGCCAGCACGCCAAGAACACUUGCUCCUUCUGUGGCAAAACCAAGAUGAAGAGGCGAGCUGUGGGAAUCUGGCACUGUGUUACCUGCAUGAAAACGGUGGCUGGUGGUGCCUGGACCUACAACACUACUUCUGCCGUCACAGUAAAGUCUGCCAUCAGAAGACUGAAGGAAUUGAAAGACCAGUAGAAAUUGUAUA